AUUUUUUUCGGGUACACCGCUUCAGGCUCGCAGUGGAUAACCUAGAAGCUUCACAAACCAUACGGUCGCGACUAUUACAAGGCUACUAGAUUGAUCAAUACAAGUUAAACCAAUACUUUAGUUCUUGAGUAACUCGCAUACAAAUUCAAGAGACACAAUGGCAAAGAAGCGCGCAAGAGAGGCUGAUGGCGCCGCCGAGGCACCAGACAAGAUGGUCGAAGAUAGCGAAAGCUCGGACGAUGACGAUUUCGAUAUGGUCAAUGUUGACUUUGAAUGGUUCAACUUCGACCCCGAGAUCGACUUCCACGGCACAAAAUCGCUAUUGCGACAACUCCUCGACGUAGACGCGACCCUCUUCGACGUCUCCGCCCUCGCCGAUCUGAUCCUAUCGCAACCCACAAUUGGUUCGACCGUCAAAGUAGACGGCAAGGAAACAGACGCAUAUGCCUUCCUUACUGCACUGAAUCUACAAGAACACCGAGAAAAGAAGCCCGUUGCCGAGCUUACCAAAUACAUUACUGAAAAGGCUGGAACGAACGAAGCAUUAAAGGGAAUCCCGGACCUAUUGUCCUCGGGGAAACAUGUCGGACUUGUGCUCUCGGAGCGACUAAUCAACAUGCCUUCCGAGAUCUCGCCUCCGAUGUACGGCAUGCUCAUCGACGAGAUCGAGGCCGCAGUAGAGGACAAGGAGCCCUACGAGUUCUCGCAUUAUCUCAUCAUCUCCAAGACCUACCAUGAAAUCGAGUCCACACUAGACGUAGAAGAACGAAAACGAAAGAAGGGAAAGCAAGACGCUACAAUGUUCUACUUCCACCCAGAGGAUGAGGUAUUGAAGAAAUACGCAGUGGUUAGUAGUACCUACGACUACACCAAGAUUGACGACGCAGUUGCGGAUAGCAAGAGAGCAUUCCAGGAGAUGGGUGUCAUGCCUCGUGGCUUCAUGAUAUUAAUUGAGGCUAGCAAGUUCGCAGAUGCCGCCAAGGCAAUCAGUGAAUACCUGAGUCCGCCGUCUUAAAAAGCAAAUCAACGCAAUACAUAAGAACUGGAAAUCUAUCACCCACGAAAC